UUCUGACAAAUAAUUGCGGUUAAGUGGAAGGAAACAUCCUGAUUCCUCCGGCGUCGGCCCUAUUCUCCUCUCCCACCCUCCUCUGACGUUCUCUUAUUCGGAUUUCUCUCGCAAAACCGAUUGCAGACGCUUGCAGAGUUGUCGAAUUCUCUCCAAAUGGCGAGGUUUCUGUCUCGAAUCGUUCGGAAUCACGUCGUUCCCUUCAUCCCGAGAAUGAAUACCAGGCCAUUCAGCUCCUCUACAAUCUCCGCUGAUCCCCCGAGGGAGCACAUGGUCUCCUCGGCCGCUAUUCUUAACGAUCCUCCUCCGGUGACCCCACCUCCUCCUUCCUCUCCUACGGGCACGACCGGUUCCGGAAGAACCUGGGGCCUACUCAAGUUCGGGGCUAUUGCGGGUAUCACCAGUGCCGUGGGCACUGCUGCCUAUGUUACCUACGCAUAUACUGUAGAUGAAGUGGACCAGAAGACAAAUACUUUUCGAGCAUUAUCAAAUUAUUCUGUAGGAGAUGGCGCAUCUUCUUUGGAAAAAUAUAAGGCCAUGCUAUACUCCACAGCUAUAAAAGUCCCCGCCAAGACAAUUGAGCUAUACAUUGAUAUAAGGAGGUCAAUUGAAGAUCAUGUUCGGGGCUUCACUGAACCUUCAUCUGACAAGCUUCUACCAGAUUUACAUCCUCAAGAACAGCAUGUCUUUACUCUUGUUCUGGACCUCAAUGAGACUCUGGUGUACUCAGAUUGGAAGCGUGAAAGAGGCUGGAGAACAUUCAAAAGGCCUGGUGUUGAUGCUUUCUUGGAACAUCUUGCCAAAUUCUAUGAAAUCGUUGUGUACUCAGAUCAGCUGAAUAUGUAUGUUGAUCCUGUUAUCGAAAGAUUGGACCAGAAAGGUUGUAUUCGCUAUAGAUUGUCUAGAUCUGCAACCAGAUACCAAGAUGGAAAGCACUUUCGGGACUUGUCAAAGUUGAACAGAGAUCCAGCACGAAUUCUUUAUGUGAGUGGGCAUGCUCUAGAAUCUAGCCUUCAGCCAGAGAACUGUGUGCCCAUCAAGCCAUGGACACUAGAAAAUGAUGAUACGGCUCUUCUGGAUCUAAUCCCAUUUCUUGAAUAUAUUGCUCUCCACCGGCCUGCUGAUAUAAGGCCUGUGCUUGCAUCUUAUCAAGGCCGUGACAUAGCUGCUGAAUUUAUAGAGCGCUCAAAAGAGCAUCAGAGGAGGAUGCAACAGCAGAAGCAACACGGCCAUUUUUGGAGACGCUGAAGGUGCAGGUUCAAAGCCUAAACCCAAAUAUUGCUAAACAUCUUAAAUGAUCUUUCACGAAUGAAUUAGAUGUAGUUCUGACCUACAUCGAGCUUUCCUCAUACUAGGUUUUUUUUUUUCGUCGUUUAUUUUUGGGCACUAUAUUCUUCUAUUUGUUGCAAUGUGGUGUCGCAGGUUUAUUUGCCCUUCUUUAUUUCUGCCCUAAUUGUCAAGGUGCAAUCAAUUAGAGGAAUUUUGGGUACUUGAAAACUAGGUAGUUUGAUGAUUUAUUGGUGUUUGUAUAUGUAUGUAUGACUUUUGACAUUUAUUUAAGCUUGCAUAAGUUCUUGAAAUA